AUGGCACAGUUGUCUGUCCGAUUAACAGGUAUGCCAAAGGAAAAAUAUGAUCCUCCAGAUCCCCGCAGAUGUUACACCAUCAUGUCAGCCGAGGAGGCAGCCGCUGGGAAGAAGUCAUACUGGGCGGAGCUUGAGAUAUCUGGACGAGUAAGGAAUUUGAGCAGCUCUUUAUGGACACUAACCCACCUCACGGCACUGCACAUCAACGACAACAACCUGACUCGCAUCCCGCCCGACAUCGCCAAGCUGCCAAACCUGGUCUACCUGAACCUGUCGUCCAAUAAGCUCCGCAGUUUGCCCGCCGAACUUGGAAACAUGGUCUCUCUCAGGGAAUUGCUUUUAAAUAACAAUCUUUUACGAGUUCUGCCUUAUGAACUUGGGAGACUUUUCCAGUUACAAACCUUGGGGCUAAAAGGAAAUCCUUUGUCCCAGGACAUUCUCAACCUGUACCAGGAACCCGACGGAACCAGAAAGCUUUUGAACUACAUGCUCGACAAUCUAGCAGAACAGCUCCCCCAAAGACCUUGGAUCACUCUGAAACAGCGAGACGAGAUGAUCCCCACAGCGGUGUUCACAGUCAUGUGCUACAACGUCCUGUGUGACAAGUAUGCCACGCGGCAGCUGUACGGCUACUGUCCGUCCUGGGCCCUGAACUGGGAGUACCGGAAGAAAGGCAUCAUGGAGGAAAUUACCAGCUGUGACGCUGACAUCAUCAGCCUGCAGGAGGUGGAAACCGAGCAGUACUACACGUUGUUCCUGGAGACACUAAAGGAUCGCGGCUACGACGGCUACUUCUGCCCCAAAUCCCGUGCCAAACUGGUCUCAGAGCAGGAGAGGAAGCAUGUGGACGGCUGUGCAGUCUUCUUCAAGACCAACAAGUUCACGUUGGUCCAGAAGCACACUGUAGAGUUCAAUCAGGUCGCCAUGGCCAACUCAGAGGGGUCCGAGGUCAUGCUGAACAGAGUGAUGACCAAAGACAACAUCGGGGUGGCCGUUCUGCUGGAGGUCAACAAGGACGCAUUCUCUGGUGGUAUGAAGCUACCGCAAGAGAGGCAGCUGAUCCUGGUGGCCAACGCCCACAUGCACUGGGACCCCGAGUACUCGGACGUCAAGCUGAUACAGACCAUGAUGUUCCUGUCGGAGCUGAAGAGCAUCGCGGAGAGGGCUCUGGGCUCCGUGGUGACGGGCUCGCCGACCUCCGACCCGUCCUCCAUCCCCAUCGUCUUGUGCGCCGACCUCAACUCACUGCCUGACUCCGGUGUGGUGGAAUACCUGAGCAACGGGGGCGUGGCCGAGAACCACAAAGACUUUAAAGAGCUACGCUACAACGAAUGUCUGACCAACUUCAACUGCAACGGCAAGAAUGGCAACUCGGACGGGAGCAUCACACACAGUUUCCAGCUGAAGAGCGCCUAUGACAGCAAUCUGAUGCCUUACACCAACUACACAUACGACUUCAAGGGUGUCAUCGACUAUGUCUUCUUCUCCAAGACGCACAUGAGUGUCCUGGGCGUGUUGGGGCCGCUGGACAGCCAGUGGCUGACAGACAACAACAUCACCGGCUGCCCCCACCCGCACAUCCCCUCCGACCACUUCUCCCUGCUGGCCCAGCUGGAGCUGCGCCCUCCUCUGCCCCACCCGCUCAGUCCGCUCAACGGCCUGCACCUACCGGUCCACAGGUAGUGCAGCCCCAGGGAGCCCCGCCCACCAGCCCCGCCCCCACAAACCCCCCGGCUUUUAAACACUCGUCGACCGACACACACACACACACACACA